UGCACCGAUGCACAGAAUGUCUAUAGACUAUACAGUAUAGUCAGUAUACAUUUCAAUUGUAAUUGCAUUCUGAAGAGGUGUAAUCGAGAAUAAUCAGAAACAGGCAUAAACGUUAGCAAGUAUUUUUGCUAAUUAUUUAAAUUUAUCGUGUGAAAAUUAAAAACAAGUCAUGUCUGUGAGUGCGUUGACGGUGGCCGGUUCUAGGACUUCUGGAACACCCAUCCGUACACAAAAUGUGAUGGCAGCAAAUGCUAUUGCAAAUAUUGUUAAAAGCUCAUUAGGACCAGUUGGUCUGGAUAAAAUGUUGGUCGAUGACAUAGGAGAUGUCACUGUAACCAAUGACGGUGCUACUAUUUUGAAAUUGUUGGAUGUCGAACAUCCAGCUGCUCGAGUUCUUGUUGAAUUGGCUCAGUUACAAGAUGAAGAAGUUGGUGAUGGUACUACAUCAGUUGUUAUAAUAGCUGCGGAAUUACUGAAAAAUGCAGAUGAGUUGGUUAAACAGAAAAUACAUCCAACAUCUAUCAUAAGCGGAUAUCGAUUGGCAUGCAAAGAGUCUUGUAAAUAUAUACAGAACAAUUUAACUGUCAAUGUUGAUGAUUUACGCCGUGAUUGGUUGGAAAAUGCUGCUACUACAUCUAUGUCUAGCAAAUUAAUCAUGGCUGAUUCAGAAUUCUUUUCAAAAAUGGUAGUAGAUGCAUGCAUGCUUGUAAAACGACCAUCUGAUAAACGUGGUGGAGUGUCUGUACCUAUUAAGACCAUUAAUGUACUUAAAGCACAUGGUAAAAGUGCACGAGAAAGUUUACUCAUUCAAGGAUAUGCUUUGAAUUGUACUGUUGCUUCUGAAGCAAUGCCAAAAAAAAUCUUAAAUGCCAAAAUUGCAUGUUUAGAUUUUUCUCUACAAAAAACUAAAAUGAAAUUAGGUGUACAGGUUUUGGUUAAUGAUGUUGAUCAGCUUGAAGCAAUACGUCAACGUGAAUCUGAUAUAACUAAAGAGCGAGUUCAAAAAAUUUUAGCAACUGGAGCUAAUGUUAUAUUAUGUACGGGUGGUAUUGAUGACAUUUGCUUGAAAUAUUUCAUUGAAGCCAAAGCUUUAGCUGUACGUCGUGUUAAGAAGGUUGAUUUGAAAAGAAUUGCAAAGGCUACAGGUGCAGUUUUUUUGACUUCUUUAACAAAUAUGGAAGGAGAAGAGACUUUUGAAAGUUCUAGUCUUGGUGAAGCUGCUGAAGUUGUACAAGACCAAAUAUCUGACGAUGAAUUAAUAAUUGUUAAAGGACCGAAAGCUCAAAGUGCUGCAUCAAUUAUACUACGUGGACCAAAUGAUUUCUAUUGUGAUGAGAUGGAGCGUUCUAUUCAUGAUGCCCUGUGUGCUGUUCAGCGUGUACUUGAAUCCAAAUCUGCUGUAGCUGGUGGUGGAGCAGUUGAAGCAGCUUUAUCUAUUUACUUAGAAAAUUUUGCUACAUCUUUGAGUUCCAGGGAACAACUGGCUAUUGCAGAAUUUGCACGCUCUUUAUUAGUUAUCCCUAAAACCUUAGCAAUUAAUGCUGCCCAGGAUGCUACAGAGUUAGUGGCUAAACUCAGAUCUUACCAUAAUGAAAGUCAAACAAGUAGUGAAAACGAUGUUUAUAAAUGGUACGGAUUAGAUUUAGAAGAAGGCGAAAUACGUGACAAUUUAAAAGCUGGUGUAUUAGAACCGGCUAUAUCUAAAAUUAAGUCAUUGAAAUUUGCAACAGAGGCUGCAAUAACUAUUCUCAGAAUAGAUGAUAUGAUUAAAUUAGAUCCCGAACAAAAAGCUGGCCGAGGAUAUCAACAAGCUUAUGAUGCUGGAGAACUUUAACUAAUUAACAUUAUUUGUGAAAAAAUUAACACUAGGUUACUAAUAUUUUUAAUACAUUUUGUAUGCUAUGUGAAAAA